CCCUUCAUCAUCUUUGUUGCCCUGCACUGGACUCUCUCCAGCAGUUCCCUGUCCUUCUGGAACUGAGGGGCCCAGAACUGGACACAAUAUUCCAGGUGUGGUCCCACCAGGGCAGAGUAGAAGGGACAUCACAUUUUUUACAUGGUCUGCAAGAAUGACUAAGUUAUGUAGUCAAGAAAAUAUUUUUAUUUUCUAAAUAAUAAGGAAGCAUGCAGAAUUAGGGGCCUUUGUUCUAGAAAUCCCAAUGUACUUAUUUCCCACUUGUAUAUCUCAGCAUGAGGUUUUCUCCUGAGCAAGCCAACCAUGGAAGACGUCUGCCAUUUUUUCUCUUCAGCACCUGCAGAUCCUCUCAACACACCUCUUGUGGUCCUUGACUUUUUAAAAACAGAGAUUGAGAAGGGAAGGUUCUUCAUUUUCUCCUUUUGCUCACUUGCGCAAUCAAUGAGGUCCUUUACCUAAUGCUACAUGAUGUCAACUUUUAAAUGUUGUAUUGGAGAUAGGGAAGGGGUUAUAAUUUGGCUAUCUCAAAUGAUAGGAACAUGCCAUUGGAAGCCAAGCGUUCCAGUUUAUCAGCAAGGAUGUGCUCCAUGACAAUCUCAAAGAAAGCUGUUGAGGUGAAUCCUGGGGCUCUGCUCAGAGGUUACUUCCCAGAACAGUUCAAAAUCUGCAACAUGUUGCUAGCAUGGCUUCUAUCGAAUGGUACUCCUUGCUUCUUCAGUAAUGGAUUUCUGUGUGUCUGCCUCUUGUUCUCUAGCCAGCAGAAUUUUCAUGCCCAUCUUUCCUGCAGUCUCUGUUUCUUGCCUUCACAGAGGAACAGAAUCACAGAACUUAUCAGCCUAAAUCUUCCACUUCGUUCUCACAUCAGAGAGAUUUUCACUUCUCUUUUGAAUGCCAGUCAGCUUCUCGUCUGUGCUCACACCUGUUCCUCUUGUGGUCUGGCCUCUGAAGUGCUGCCCUGUGAGGAAUGAUCCAUUUUGCUGUGUACUAGUGUUGGUGGCUUUCUCCAUGCUGUUUCCAUUGGUGAUGGUAGCUACUACUACUGCAACAGCUAAAAUCCAGUAAAUGCACCUCCAGGUAAAAUGCCUGGCUCUUAGGUAGUGGGGGGCGGAGAGGGGUUCAGGGAGGGAGUCAGCUUCUUCAAAUGGAAUUCAGAAUACCUGUGAUGAAAAUUUUGUUGAAAUGGCCAGUAGAAAAUACUAGGUAUUUCUCUCCAAUUUUGGCACUGCAGCCAGAGCUGGCACCUUUGUUUUCUUGGUGUGUAAAGCCUCUUCUUUGAGAUAAAAACCAGCAUUCUUCCAGACAACUCAACUUUCAGCCUAUUCUAUCAUAAUUUAAUGGUCAGGGAGUGAGAAGUCCAUGCCCUACAAGCCCCAGGUCCCAGGAAGCUCAGGCUGGGACAAGCCUUUCAGCUCUCGGGGAGGCUGAGCACUGCAGGAGCGUCAGAGCUUUAUUUGCUUGUGGGGACAUUCACCUGAUGGGAGUGAAAAGGGCGGUCCAGUCCUUCCUCAAGUUUCUCCUCUGUUUUAUAUAUCAAUAAGAUUUAGUGCCAAAUGUAGAGUAUACCCCCCUGAGGCCUUGGCUGUCUGUCAGGGGAGCUUUUCUGAGAAGUGGGUGUAUCUAUGCCCUCCCACUGGGGCAGAGGACUGAGUCUGGCUGGCUUGCUUCUUAUCGAGUGCAUUAAUCAUUUAAAACGUUCACAGCUCAGAUUUUUCUUCUGAUUUUUUUUUUUUUUCCCCAAAGGAAACUACCUGCAGAUAAAUUUCUGGUAUGCAGAAGGCUGAAUGAGAGUUGUGCUGAGAACUUUAAUGUAUUGGAGUUGUAGGCACAAGGCCAGCUGAUGCAGGCUAGAAUAGGGGACAUCUGAAGAGGUCACAGUUUGGGAUUUUGAUACCUGCACAAACAAUUGGAGACAUUUCUAGGAAGCCCAAAGUAUAAUUGUGAAUUAUGUCCUCUGUCCAUUCAUGAUUUAAGCCAGUCUAGGAAAAUAUAUAUCUCGUAUUGCAAGUUGAUUAUUAUGAUCAUUUAUAGAAUAAUAGGAAGUACUGAAGUAACAGAUAAGUCUAUUGCAUCUAUCAGUAUGUCAUAAGCCUUUGUCAAAUCAAGUUCUGCUGGAGACAGCAAUGAUCCCAUAUUGUUUUAACAUGAACUAUCCUGCUUUAACAAAUUUAGCCAGUAGUUUUAGUCAUCUUCAGUAAUCAGCACUGCUCUCGCAAAAGAAGAUUGUCUGAGGGCAAGGAGGGGGUUAAAGGAGGACAGUUUACUCAAGCCUCUGGUUGAGUAACUGGAAAACUAUAUGUAUAACUGAAGGCAUUAGAUUACAAUGCAUCUGAAUGUAGUAGUUGCAACCAUAACCUCUGCUCAAAAAUUGGAAGCUUAUGUUAAAAGAGCUGUCAGUUUUAGCCUUUCCAGCAGUCCCACAUUCACAAAUAAACAGUAGAACUUCAAAAAGGAUUAAAACAAGGAUUUGCUUUGUUUCUCAAGUAGAAGAAUGACUACCUUCGCAUUUGCAACACUUUCUGCCUGCAGGUUUGCACUUUCAUUUUGAAUGCAAUCCAAGUCAAUAUGUCAAUAAAACUUCGCUUUCCUUUAGCUGUACUUGUAAUUAAUGCCACUGUCAACUAUGUCAGUGCAAUUCUUGGAAAAUAAUUUCUGUCUAACUUGUUCUUCCUUUGUAAGCUGGAUGACUGCCUGCACGUUCAUGUGGAGCUACAGCACAAUAUUUGCUGUUGUUCCCUGGCUUUGUUUUUAUUUUUAAUUUCUCGGUCUCAUAAAACAGAGUUGUUUCCUCAGUUUACGCUUUGUCCUGUUCUAAUAGGUUUAGCAUUUUGAAGUGUUGACACAUUAUAUAGCCUCCAUAAAGUAGAAAACAUGUUCCAGGUCUGACAUAAUCAUAGCUUCCUUACUACACUUUCCCACUGAAGCAAGUUGACAUUUAUUUUAUUUUGGACCUAUAAACGAUAUAAUGAACUCUGAGGGUACUCACAAUGUAAAACUUCAACUCAAACUGAGUAAUGUGACUGAAGAAGUUUUAUGCAGCAUGCUGCAGUUGGUUGACAGCAGCAGAGAAAUUAACACCUGUGGAUGUCUGGUUUUGGUCUGUGUUUCUGAGAGCACAGAACGUGUGUGUCUGAAUAACCACCUGGGAACACUUUGGACUUGUCACCGCAGGAACCAGUCUUAAAAACUGGAGUGCUUUGGUUUCUCCCCCCAUCCCAUUCACUGCCACAGCUCCCCAUACUCCAUACUCUUGCUGCAGUGAGACUUUGGUAAUCUGUAUCUGGCCUAUAAAACUGUAACUAAAUGGUGACAAUGAAUCAGCUCUUUGAUUUCAACAUAAAUUACUUCCCUGAAAUCAUACUUUAAACAGCAUAUAUAAUAAUCUACUACUUUUUAUCCUCUUAACAGUAGACUUCCAUUCAAAGAUGUAGUACUCUGCAUUUGCCCCAUUCUCUUAUCCUGGUAGAUAACACUGCCAAGCAGAAACCAACAGCUAUGAAGUAAAACUGUGAUAGCCAGGAAGUUUGUUUGCACUGUAUUAAUUUAUUAUUAGAUGGAAUUGCAUAACUGGUGUUGGGACAGUGUGAAUGUAGAUUAAAGUCCCUGAGGUUAGCAAGUUGUUCUGUCUCAUGUUCUGGAAAUUUAGGAAUGGUAAGAAUGGCUGUAACGAGCCAGAGCAAAGGUGAGCGUGGUUGAAGAGUUUAGGGGCUUCUCAGACAGAUUUCUCUAGUUCAGCCCUGGAAAAGGUCAAAGCAGACAGCCUGCACUGCAGUGGCAGUGCUGGAGUAACUGCAUGUUACCCAAGUUAUCUUCUUGGGGCGUAGGAGAUUUGAACCAGUGACAUAGUCAAGUGUAGCAGGAAAUGGGAGCAGCUGUUUUCCCCAGAGACAGUUUUCCCCAUCUCCUACAUGAGUCAGAAAAAGACUUUUUUUUAUGUCGCUCACAGAAGCGUUAUCAACCUCCAAAUAUGCAUUUCCCGCCCCCCCAACUGAAAGUUACAUGUUUGUUCAAAUCGAACGUUCCUUCGAUAACAGAGGAAAUUAUUGAAACAGGCUGCAGAAAAAAGAAUCAGGAAAAAAAAUGGAGGGAGAUACACCAGCUGCAGUUUCUCUCCAUCUGCUUUUCACCAAAAACAUUGCAGACUCUCUUUCAUGAGCAACAUGGCUCCUGCAUCACCAGUGGACAAAAAGGGAGUAAGGGACCAAGAUGUGCUGAAUAACACGGCCCUUGCUCGGGGUCUUUACAGACUGAAAACACACGGGUCAAAUGCACGGUGAGAGCAUGGCUUGGCUGUUCCUGAGGUCAUGCCUAUUCAUACUGCAGCAGGUUUGGCCCACGACUUCACGUGCUUAGCUUUGAUGGAGAUGAUAUUUAAUCACAGGGGAGGGUUUUUUUCUUUUACGUUAAUCCCGCAAAUAUUUGUUUCUGAAGUAUUUCUACUCUCAGCAUUUCUGUUGUUGAAGAGCCUCAUCAGCGAGGAGGGCGGGGAGGCGGCUGUAAGGCUGUACCGUCUUGGGGCACUAAGUGAAAAAUAACCUCUUUUCCCAUCUGGCAAAACACUUAGCCACGCGUCUAUAGGUAAGAAGAAGAACCCUCCUGAAGUCCAUAGUGCCACACGGGACGCAGGGUGGGGCUUUGAGUCACCUUCAUCCCAGCAGCCGGGAGGUAACGUGAGGCGUCAGAUCCUGCAGCUCGUCCCUGCUGCGUGGCUGUGCGCCUGCAGAUCUGGGAGGAAUGGAUGUGAAACUGGUCACUGUUUUGGCUGUUCUAGCACUUGUGGCUAGUCAGACGUCUGAGACUUUGUUUCCUGGGGCCUUCAACUGUUGCAUGAAAAUUUCACAUGGAAUUCCCAAAGGAAUUCUCCAAAGAGUGGAGAGGUUUGAAGUGCAGAAAGCAGAUGGCCUGUGUCACCUGGAAGCUGUUAUUCUCUACAUAGAAGGCAGAAAGUUCUGUGUGAGCCCACAGAUUAGAAAACUUAAAAAAUGGAUGAAGAAGAAUAAGCACAAGAUUCCCAGGAAUAAACCUCACAGUAGAAAGCAGAGAAGAACCAAAAUUAUUAAAAAGAAAAGAAAAAAUAACAUGAAGAAGCAAGCCCCAUGACGAAGAUACCUGCGAACAAAGAUAACAGACUUCAUCAGCCAUGGAUGAUUGUAGCUUUAAAAUGACUUUUCAAAUAUCUGAGUGCUAGAGAAAGCAGUGGCAGAAAACAUCAACUCUACACAAGAAUUAUUCUGGUCAGCUUACCAGCCAAAUGACAAGGAGUUCUUGACAACGCCUUGUAGCAAGUGCUUGCUGCACCUGCUAGAUCUAUUGUUAGACUUAAAUCCUCCUCUCUCCCAUCAUGUUUUCAUGGCAACCUCCCCUGUGAUUUCUGUUUUAACAUGGAAGUAUGUAGCUCCUUCCUCGUCAUUGCUCUAUUUUCCCAGUCCCAUUCUUGGUCCUUAUUCUUCCUUGUCUGCAAUCAUCUUUGUGCUGUUACGUGUUUUAUUUCUGUUCUUCCAGUCAUUAAUGUUUUUUCUCUUCUUACAUAAUUUUAUAGAUAGAUUUCCAGAUACUAGUUCAGUUUAAGUUGGCCAAAACCCAUGUAUUGUUUACUUAUUCUAAAGAACCUCUGCUCCCAGCUGUUACUGUAAUGAAAUAUCAUUUCAGUGAUAAUAACCGAGCCUGUUCAUCGGGCUCCAAGUGUGGCAUCCAAAGCUACGCAACAAAAAUAAUCUCCAUUUCUUUUUUUCAUUCAAUUCCCUAUUGAAAUCCUUCAGCUGGGUCUUUCCUGCCCUCUUUGCUGCAUUUCUCAUAAUUACCCUUGAGGAUUGCAUGUGUCUAUCAAGGCCUUUCUUUGAAGACUAACAAUAAAUGCCGGUCUGGCUCUGCGCUCCAUAGUCCCCCUCUCACUGCAUGGCACUGCCUUCUCCCGUGUGGCACAGUCUGCAGUUCCUUCCCUCCCUCCUUCCUUGGAAACUUCAGGCUAAUUUACUAUUUCCACAAAGCCACCUCAGUCAAAGGCACUUUUCCUCAGACACACACAUGUGGAAAGCAGCAAAUGAGGGAAAAGAUUGGUCUUAAAAACAGUAAGUGCCAUAGAAUGCAUACGUAAAAUAUGUAUCUGGUGAGCCAAAAAUACUUAAUAUAGCAGCAUAAUUCUGUUCUUCUUCCUCUUCACCUACUAAUUACUGUUUGUUUUCAUUCACUGCAUUUGCCUUAAAUUAGCUCCUCUGAAUUUUCUCUGGUAUUUGUUUUGAAAUUGCUACGUCUAACUACAUACUCCAAGCAUUGGAGAAAGCACAGCAGAUGACAGUAGACAGAAGCAGCUGCUGAUGGCUUCCCUACAUAAAAUAAAGAUGAAUAUCUGUAGCAAGGUCACUAGAGAUUAGAUAGCAUACACCGACAGAUGCACAUCUGAUGAAAGAAACUGUUUCAUUUCAAAACAGAUAAGAAACAUAAUUAUCUUUUCUGAUGAGGCAACAGCCUCCCAACGGGGAUGAAGCAACUCACCUACCUCUUCUUCCGGCUUCUAGGGAAUAUUGUGUGCGCCAUGCGCACUGGCAGAGCUCCAUCCUGCUGACAUGACAUGCAGGACGCCUUGUGCCAGGAGCCAGGUUUGGUCUUGCUUUCUCUGUCUCUGAACAUGCACAGAGGCUCUUCCUCCCAAACACCGCAUCCAGGGGAGGCAGAGGAUGCAACCCUGGCUGAUGCAAGCUGUGGUGGCACACGUUUCACACCAUUUUGUGUGCACUCUGAUGUGCACUGUGAUGCCUGGACACCGCAUGGUUUAGUAAAUGGGUAUUCGGCAGAACCUAGUCCUCCUGGGCCCAGGUCAACAGAGCACCUGGAACACUAAAUUGCUGAAAUAUAUUGCACUACAGUAUCGGUAUCUUACUGUUUCUGACAGUUCUGCUUAUUUUCUUCCUCGUGGUCUGCUCAAGAUUCCAUAUUUUACCUUCACACUUCCCUCUUGAGUCACACAUUUCUAGGUGGGUUUAUGAUAGCAUCUCAGUUCCUCAUGCAGCCAUCAGUGCAACCAGUGGCCUUUUGGGUGUGUAGAGUGUACCCUAAGUAUUGACCAAAGUAUGGAGUCUACCCUGAUUUCCAUGCCUGCUUUAUUGGAAAUAUUGAGCAUUCCAUGGGAUCAGAGAAUGCAACUAACUUCCCAGGCUAUCACAGACAUGUCUGAGGCCCCUGUGAACCAUUUGACCACUUUGCUUACGGAAUGAUUAAAUAUUGCCACUUGGUAAAGUCAAGUCAGGAAAGUCUGGGAAAUUGGAAAACGCAGAAAAGUCAAGCUGGGAGUACGGAUAGGAAAAGUGAAACUGGGAGCCUCGAUGAGACCACAGCAGCACUACCAUCGAGACUGGGAACUCCUGGGUACCCAGCCUGUCAUGGGAAGUCCCGUCCCUGCUGGUUUCGGCACAGGCUGCUGGGCAGCUCCACACAGUCCUGGCCUGCAGACCGGUCCUCUGGGCUCGGCUGUCUCUCCAGUUUGGGGAUUAGUAUCUUCUUCCUACUGAUGACCUCCUUUUGUACUGUCAGCUUUCCUGUCCCCUCACAUUAGAUUCUUAUCUCUUCAGCAGUUACUGCUUUGUAUGUGAAAUAAUAACACUGCUGCCGUUCCUCCUCUUAUGUAUAUUGCAUAAAAACAGUAAAGUGUGUUCUAAAUGCAUUUUUAUCAUUUUUAAUAACUGGAAUGGUUAAAAUGUCACAAAUAUUUCAGGACCUAACCAGAUCUGCAACUCAAAUACUAUUGAAAUAUAUGCAUUUACUGCACCUACUUUAACAAGACAGGCUUUUAUAGUUUUGUUUACACCUCCCUGUUCUCCAGUGUGUGUGCUAUUUCAUAUCAGGUUCUCCUGGAUUCAAUAGAUCAAACUGAGAGAUUAUGAGAUGACACAAGUCCUCUCCCAGCUCCCAAUUGUGUUUCAAGUUUGAGUUCCUGGGCAUUCUUUUGGGAGUUUAACAACUUCUACUAGUCAUUAAACCAAAAAGCUUUCUGACCCAAUAUUGGUAUAUGAAAUAUCAAAACAACACUUGAAAGAUCUACUACCUGGUACAGUUUCAUUUAUCCCUGAACCCUGACACACAAAUAUGUAAAAAAAACAACUUUCAGUUUCCAGACUUUCACUUGAGUGACCUCAUAUUCCCUGUACCUGAGCAUUAUUUUUGACCUUUGCUAUUUUGUACUUGGCAACAAAAUAAAAUCAAUAUUUUUUUCAAUAAAGUCAUUUCAACAUCUUGUUUUGUGGAACGUAUUAUUAUGGGACAGGAUGCUCUUUAGCCUGAAAAUGCUGGCUAAAAUUCUCUUUUCAAUGGGUUUAGACACCUAAAGAUGUAGCUGGCAUCUGAAAACCCCAGUGAGCAUUUUAGUGACUUAAGUGUAGCUCCAACUGAACUAAAUCCAAACUAGGCCUGUAAUUAAUAUCGUUAAAAAUUCUCAUAAAUUCACGUUUAAAAGGUUUUAAGAAACAACUUUAAUCAUCUGGCUGUUUCAUUUAUUUUAAGAAUAAUUAACUUAGCCUAAUACGACAGUCUCUAUCUCUCUAAGAGACUUUAGGAAAAAAAAAGUCACAGAUAGGAUUGCUUGAGAAUUACUAAACAGAAGUAAAGAACCUGUUGGGUUUCUUUGAGGAUAAGCCAGUGCCUCUAAAUUUGAUACAAAGGCUUAAAACUAGAAGUAAAGGUGAGUCAUCAGAGAGCAAAUACUUUUCUUUCGAAACAGUACUGGAUUAGGAAAUCCCACCCACAUUUACACAGCUGAAAAAUGGUGAGAGAGGCUCAAAUUCAAACUCCUCUUUUAUCAAAACAACCUGGAUUUUAACAGAGAAAGAGGAAGCAACAUCCGAGCAGAUUUCUGCUCCAAGCUUAUUCUCAGUCAUGCUGAGUUUCUUUGGUAGUACUAUUUUCAUUAAAAGGACCUCUCCUUUCUCAGGUUUCAAGUUCUAAUGUUACUGAGGUGCCGCAUUCAUUUUGGUACAUUAGUCCAAAUUACCGAAUACAGUCUCUGUUGAAAAUCCCAUGGGACAGACUGGCUAAGCUCUCGAGCCAUGAAAGGAAAAUUACCAGAGUUCUCAAAAGCUGGGCUGGAAAUAGUGGCAAUCACAUGUCUGAAACACAAUUUGGUUAGAUGACUAUAAUUAAUUACCUAAGAGGUUUGGAACAAGAUUCAUCAACAACUUAAAUGAUAUUACUGCAAUAUUUGCAAGAAAAUCGUAUAAAGCAACUGUAGUCUAUUCUAUUGCGAUAGCAGUAUAGGCAGGUCCCUUCUUCUGAAGACAUACUAGUAAUUUUUUUGUAUGUAUUGCCUUGCAAUACACUCUGUGACAGGAAAAGCAGAUAAGAGGCUCACAAAACCAAAUAUAAAUAACACUAUUGACAACAAUUAUAAAAUAAAUUGUACUGUUUAAUGAGAAAAUAUGGUACAUCUUAGGUACAUCUUAAAGAAGUCUGCAAGAGGAGGACUUCUGGACUUGAUGCAAAUUUAAAUUAGCAUCUGGAUCCAGAAACAUCCUGAGGAGGCAAAUAUAAUACAUUGAUUUUAGCAGUGCAGAUUAGAUACCUGCUCUCUGAAUUUAACCUCAGAUAAUUGUUAAGAAACUGGGACUGCAUUGUGUCCUUAACCUGAGUUUUAAGAUUCUGAAAACCCAGCAGCUGUCUGUCACAUUUUACCUUUCACCUUUUAACUUUUCUUCAUCAUCUGCAGCAUGUGAACUUUAAAUGCGCCUCCGUACUGGCACAAUAGGAGAAUAUGAUUAUAAUUUUAUUGGCUACAGGCGGUUGACAGAGGUUUGUUUUGAACGUACAUAAUUUUGAAUCAAUAGCAAUGGUUUCAUGCAUGCCUAUGUCACGCUAUCUUCUACAACACAGAAAGUUAAUGUAAGAGACUGUGAGAGGUCAUUCGUCAUCCUGUACCACGGACGCCGGAAAAAAAAGCAAUAAUAUGGAUCAUUUCCCCAAGCUAAUCUUGGUAAUUUUGGCACCAUUUUUGAUCAUAUCUGUGAAGGUGUAAUAAAGAAAACAAGUUUACUGUCUA